AUGGCCGGCCCGGAUGCGCAAAAACGCGCCAACCUGGUGGUCUCGAGAAUCAUCCCGCCCGUGUUACUCGGCAUCGUCGUCUACGCCAGCUACGCCAUCACAAAACCCUUAUGCAUUGAUUAUCUCCUUCAUCCGUUACCCUCCUAUAAUCGCACUCCUCGUGUCGGUGCAGGCGCCGCCAUCCUGGUUAUAUUUUACCUCCUCUUAAUCCUCCUCAUAGCGACAUACCUUCGCCUACUGUAUAAUGUCAUCAAAAACCCGGGUUUCCUUCCUCUUGGUGCGGAUCGCGUGAAGAUCGAGAAAGCAGAGGAUUCGGAGAAGUCACAAAAGCAGCGCCGGCGCCGGCGCUCAAGAAAGCCGCGCGAUGCGGAGAAGGUUGAUGCGCCUGUGGACUUAGAGCAAGGAACUCGCAACAGUGCUGGGGAGACAGUUUGUGAUUCAGAUUCAUCUGGCUUGGAGAGCUUCUAUACAAAGGAUGUAUUUGUUUGCCAGGAGGAUGGGCGGCCGCCUUAUUGCUCCGCUUGUUGCCAAUUCAAGGCCGACCGAUCGCACCACUGCCGUGAGCUUGAUCGUUGUGUUCGCAAGAUGGAUCACUUUUGUCCUUGGGUUGGCGGCGUGGUUUCGGAAACAUCCUUCAAAUUCUUCAUCCAAUUCGUCUAUUAUACAGCUACAUUCUGUACCUUUGCUCUCAUUGUUACUGCAUAUUUUACAGCUGAACUUAAACGCAAUACUGGCAGCGUCAACGCGCAUUGGUGUGUUUGUAUCGGGUUGAGUGGUCUUUUUGGUCUUUUUACCGCCGGGAUGACCUUGAGUUCCCUCCAACUCGCCGCACUCAAUCUCACAACCAUUGAGAAUCUAAGCCGUCGAUCCGUGGUAUGGACAUUGGCCAUCCGCGUCCCUGAUCAUCUAUUGGCUCGACUUUUCACCAUGGAUUCGCCCUGGGCACCCACAUUUCGCAUGGUCACAUACCCUCUAGAAUCAUCUACCCCAACACAAGCACAGACAACCGAGCACGCCGUUGCCGAGCGUCACGUCUUUGCUAUCCUCCACACGCAACCCGGCGAGAAUCCGUUCAGUCUCGAUAGCCCGCUCAAGAACAUGCAACAAGUCAUGGGAAACAACAUCAUUGAUUGGUUUCUCCCGCUCAAACACAGCCCGUGUGCCAACCAUAGCAGCCAAGAGAGCGCCUUCGCCCUAGGCCCGGUGGUUACACGAUUGAAGCAGGAGGCCGGGUUACUGCCUCCGCCCGAGAAUGGUCUCGAACGGCAGCAUUCUAAACAUAGUCGCAGAAGCAACAAACAUAGACCUUGA